GGGGCCGGGGCGGCGCGGGGGGACAUUCCCGGGGACAUUCCCGGGGACAUUCCCGGGGACACCCCCGAGACCCCCGGUCCGGGUACCGCGGCCGGGCCUCCCCCGCCACCUCCGGGCACCUUCUGGCUGACCCGCAUCGUGCUGCUGCGCUGCAUCGCCCUGCUGUACCUUGUGGCCUUCCUGGUGGCAUAUCAUCAGAACAAGCAGCUGAUAGGAGAGAAGGGGCUGCUGCCCUGCAAGCUGUACCUGCAGAACAUCAAGAGGUACUUCAAAGGGAAGAUAAACCUGGAUGCCUUGAGCUAUGCCCCAACCAUCAUCUGGUUUCUGGACUGGUCUGACAUGGACAGCACCUUGGACUGCCUUGCCCUGGCUGGCCUGGCAAUAUCAGCCUUUGUGUUGGUGGCUGGAUGUGCCAACAUGGUCCUCAUGUCCAUCCUGUGGCUCCUCUACCUCUCCUUGGUCAACGUUGGACAGAUCUGGUAUUCCUUUGGAUGGGAGUCGCAGCUCCUGGAAACAGGAUUCCUGGGGAUAUUCCUGUGCCCUCUGUGGACCUUAUCCCGCCUUCCCCAGCACACUCCUCCUUCCAGCAUCGUCAUCUGGGGCUUCCGCUGGCUGAUUUUCAGGAUCAUGCUCGGAGCGGGGCUGAUUAAAAUCCGAGGGGAUGGCUGCUGGAGAGAGUUAACAUGCAUGGAUUAUCACUACGAGACGCAGCCGGUGCCCAACCCCAUCGCCUACUUCAUGCACCGCUCGCCCUGGUGGUUCCACCGCCUGGAGACCCUGGUCAACCACUUCAUCGAGCUGCUGGUGCCCUUCUUCCUCUUCCUGGGACGGCGGAUGUGCAUCCUGCACGGCCUCCUGCAGAUCCUCUUCCAGGUGAGGUGCUCCUGUUUCGCUUCCAAGGGGGAACAUCUGCUCCCAAGAUGGAGCAGAGGGUCUUUGAGGGGUGUCAAAGCAGCCCCACUGCCCCUGGAGCUGUGGGUGGGCUGGGCAAGCAUUACCAAGGAGAGGACAGAAGUCAUCCUUCAGGGGACAUCCAGCCUGGAUCCCAAUGACCCCACUGCUGUGUGGGAGGAGUUUGACUUCAAGUGCAAGCCUGGGGACUUGAAGAGGAGGCCGUGCUUCAUCUCCCCCUACCACUACCGCCUGGACUGGCUCAUGUGGUUUGCUGCCUUCCAGACCUACGAGCAGAAUGAAUGGAUAAUCCACUUGGCUGGGAAGCUGCUGGCCCAGGAAGAGGAGGCCUUGUCCUUGAUGGCCACGAACCCCUUUGCAGGCAGAGAACCCCCCCGGUGGAUCCGUGGGGAACACUUCAAGUACAAGUUCAGCCGGCCCGGGGGGAAGCACGCCAGCGAGGGCAGGUGGUGGAUUCGGAAGAGGAUCGGGCCCUACUUCCCCCCUGUCAACCUGGAGGGCCUGAAGAAGUUCUAUGAGGACAGGAAUUGGCCAUUCCCCGUGAGGGACUGAUGGAGGAGGACAGAGGGGCACAAGGGACCAGCUGGGGAGAGGGGAGGAGGCAGCUCCCCUUCCAAACAUGUCUUGCCUCUCUGUAUUUUUUAUCCAUAUCCUUGUUUACACACCUGUUGUGGAAGAUUCCCAGCCAACCUGUCCA